GGAGGAGGAGGAGGGACUCCGCAGCGGCAACAGCUGACGUGUCCCCGCCAUGGAGCUCGGCGUGAUUCAUCAGCGGCGGCGGGGCGGCAGCGGGGUGCCGUGCACCGCUCCCGCGUAGGCACAGCGGCGGCGGGGGCAGCCCCGGCACCGCUCUGCCCCCUGCACCGCCCUCCUCCUUCUCCUCCUCCUCCUCCACCUUCUCCUCCUCCUCUGCACCCGCGGCUACACGAGUAUCCCUGGAGGAGCCAAGAUGGAAGAAAUCCUGCGAAAGCUGCAGAAGGAGGCGUCGGGGAGCAAGCACAGGGCCAUCAAGGAGAGCUGCACCUGGGCCAUCGAGACCUUGGAUUCUCCUGAUGCUGCUAUUAGGAUACCUCCAUAUCAGCUAAGAGAGAAGUGUCUCCUUCCUCUCCAACUGGCUCUGGAAUCAAAGAGCAUGAAGCUGGCCCAACAAGCUCUAGCAGGGAUGCAGAAGCUGCUGUCUGAUGAGAGGUUUGUAUCCGUGGAAACAGACUCAGAUGAGAAACAGUUGCUAAAUCAGAUGCUGAAUGCUGUCAAAGUGACUCCUUCGCUUAAUGAAGACCUGCAGGUUGAAGUGAUGAAGGUCUUGCUCUGUAUAACAUACACCUCCACAUUUGAGCUGAAUGGGAGUUCAGUGUUGAAGAUUGCUGAGGUUUGCAUUGAGACAUAUGUAUCUAGCUGUCACCAGCGGAGCAUUAACACCGCUGUGCGGGCAACCCUCAGCCAAAUGUUGAGUGACUUGACUUUACAGUUACGACAAAAGCAAGAAAACAUGGCAAUUGAAAACCAUGAUGUCUUACAGAAAUUCAAGAAUCAAGGUACUUCAGCUGAGUCUCUUUGUGAUGAUGUUGUAUCUGUCCUCACUGUGCUCUGUGAGAAGCUUCAGGCUGUCAUAAAUGACAAUCGGCAACUUCAGCUUCUUUACUUGGAGUGCAUCCUCUCCAUGUUAAACAGCUCCUCUCCCAGCAUGCACCAGCACAAAGGAUUCACUGAUCUCAUAUGGAAACAACUGUGUCCAGCCCUAGUAGUAAUCCUGGGAAAUCCAAUCCAUGACAAAACAAUCACCUCUGCCCACAGCAGCAUCUGCCUUGAGGCUGAUUCACCUUCCCCAGGGAUCUCUGAUCAUGGCCGGGGUUCAGGUUGUUCCUCCACAGCACCUGCCCUUAGUGGGCCUGUUGCACGGACUAUAUAUUAUAUUGCAGCGGAACUGGUUCGACUGGUGGGGUCAGUGGAAUCCAUGAAGCCUGUGCUACAGUCUCUCUAUCAUCGAAUACUGCUUUACCCACCACCUCAGCACCGAGUAGAAGCUAUUAAAAUUAUGAAAGAGAUACUUGGCAGUCCUCGGCAGCUUUGUGAUUUGGCAGGGCCCUGCUCUUCUGAGUCAGAAUCAAGGAAGAGGUCUAUUUCUAAAAGGAAGUCCCAUCUGGAUCUUCUCAAGCUUAUCAUGGAUGGGAUGACAGAAGCGUGCAUCAAAGGUGGUAUUGAAGCAUGUUAUGCUUCAGUGUCCUGCGUCUUUGCUCUGCUUGGAGCAUUAGAUGAGCUGAGCCAAGGGAGAGGUCUCAGUGAAGAGCAGAUCCAGCUAGUGCUCCGGCGUUUGGAAGAAUUGAAGGAUGGAACUGAGACGAGCAGGGACUCUAUGGAGAUCAAUGAUGCUGACUUUAGAUGGCAGAGGCGCAUCCUGUCAUCAGAAAAUCCUGCCUGGGAGUCAGGAAAUGAGAAGAGUCCUGAUAUUAGCAUUAGCGUUACCACAGACACUGGCCAGACCACUUUGGAAGGGGAUAUGGGACAGACAACUCCGGAGGAUAAUCCAGAAAGUCAAAAAAACUCACUGCAAUCUCCAGCUGGACAUGAAAGCAAAGAGAUUCAUUAUAGAGAACCAGAGUCAGAAACCAUCGACCAGCCAGACGUUGUUCAGAGAAGCCACACGAUAGUCUAUCCAGAUAUAACUAAUUUCUUAUCAGUUGAUUGCAAGACCCGGUCCUAUGGAUCCAGAUACAGUGAAAGUAAUUUCAGUGUAGAUGACCAGGACCUUUCUAGGACUGAAUUUGAUUCAUGUGAUCAGUAUUCCAUGGCAGCCGAGAAGGACUCAGGCAGGUCAGAUGUCUCAGACAUAGGCUCUGACAAUUGCUCCCUGGCUGACGAGGAGCAGACACCACGAGAUUGUCCAGGUCACAGAUCCUUACGUACUGCUGCUCUCUCUCUGAAAUUGCUGAAAAACCAAGAAGCAGACCAACACAGUGCACGACUGUUUAUCCAGUCACUUGAAGCUCUUCUUCCUCGGCUUAUAGCUCUUCCCAGCAUAGAGGAGGUGGAUGGAGCACUGCAGAGCUUCUCUUCAACAUUCUGCUCAGUUACUCACCUUAUCCACGCCCCCAAAGUGACGACAGUGGAAAGUCCGAGAAGGCAGCAGCACAGAACUUUCAAACCCUCACGAGGUAUGAUGCACUCACCAGGAUUUGAGGGAAACCUAAAUUUCAGCUUCCAGACUCUAAUGAAUGCAGACAGUCUCUACAUGGUCUCACAUUACACUCUGCUGCUCAACCUAAAACUGGCCAACUCGGAUUACUACAGGAAGAAGCCCGCCCAAGCCCCUGUGUUGCUGAAGGAGUUCAUGAAGCAGGUCCAGUCCAGUGGAGUGUUGAUGGUAUUUUCCCAGGCCUGGGUUGAAGAACUGUACCACCAGGUACUAGAAAGGAACAUGCUGGGGGAAGCUGGAUACUGGGGAAGCCCUGAAGAGCACAGCCUUCCACUUAUCACCAUGCUGACUGACAUCGAUGGCUUGGGAAGCAGUGCAAUUGGUGGCCAAUUGAUGGCAUCUGCUUCAGCUCAAUCUCCUCUUUCCCAAAACCGGAAGACAGAUGAUUCUGUUGUUGCAGGAGUUGCUUUUGCCCGAUACCUUUUAAUCGGCUGUUGGAAGAACUUGAUUGACACUUUGUCCACACCACUGACUGGCCGCAUGGCAGGCAGCUCCAAGGGGCUGGCCUUCAUCUUGGGAGCAGAAGGAGCCAAGGAGCAGAACCAAAAGGAGAAGGACUCCAUCUGCGUAAGCCUGGAUGGACUGAGGAGGGCGGCCCGACUGAGCUGUGCUCUAGGAGUUGCUGCUAACUGUGCAUCUGCUCUUGCCCAAAUGGCUGCUGCCUCCUGUGUCCAAGAAGAGAAAGAGGAAAAAGAAAUUCAAGAGCCCAGUGAUACUAUAGCUCAAGUGAAACAGAAAGUGGAGCAGAAACUGGAGCAGAUGGGGAAAGUGCAGGGAGUCUGCCUGCACACUGCUCAUGUUUUGUGUAUGGAUGCAGUCCUUAAUGUGGGCCUGGAGAUGGGAAGCCACAAUCAGGACUGUUGGCCUCAUGUGUUCAGGGUGUGUGAGUACAUCAGCACGCUGGAGCACACCCACUUCAGUGAUGGUGCUUCCCAGCCCUCCCUUACCAUCACCCAGUCGCAGCAGGCACCUGGAGGGCUGCACCCAGACUCCGAGCCUGGGGAGUCUCCCCAGGUUCUGACCCCUGAGCAGGAGACCACCCUCAGCAGCAACCCUGUCAUUCAGCCAGUUUCUAUCCAGGAACUCAUCAAGGAGAGCAGUAAGGGCAGAGCUUUUGACUUCCGUGGAGGCAGCCUGCUGUGUGGGACCAGUGCUGCCAAGGCUGUUCUCACGCUCUCCACGCAAGCUGACAGGCUCUUUGAAGACGCUGCUGACAAGUUAAACUUGAUGGCACUGGCAGGCUUCCUUUACCAGCUCAAGAAGGCUUCUCAGGCCCAGCUUUUCCAUUCAGUCACAGAUACAGUUGAUUACUCCCUAGCAAUGCCAGGUGAAGUAAAAUCUAUCCAGGACAGGAGAAGUGCACUUCACUUGUUCCGACUUGGUGAUGUCAUGCUCAGAAUUGUGAGGAGUAAAUCUCGCCCGUUGCUCCACCUCAUGCGCUGCUGGAGCCUGGUAGCACCUCACCUUGUAGAGGCUGCCUGUCAUAAGGAGAGACAUGUGUCUCGGAAGGCUGUCUCCUUCAUCCAUGACAUCCUCACUGAAGUGUUGUCAGAUUGGAAUGAGCCUUCUCAUUUUCACUUUAAUGAGGCGCUUUUCCGCCCCUUUGAGCGUAUCAUGCAACUGGAGCUCUGUGACGAGGAUGUCCAAGACCAGGUGGUCACAUCUAUAGGAGAGUUGGUGGAAAUGUGUUCUACCCAGAUCCAGUCAGGGUGGAGACCCCUGUUCAGUGCCCUGGAAACAGUGCACAGCAGCAGCAAGUCAGAGGUUAAAGAGUACCUUGUAGGAGAAUACUCUAUGGGGAAACGCCAGGCUCCGGUGUUUGAUGUCUUUGAAGCAUUUCUAAAUACAGACAGCAUCCAGGUCUUUGCCAAUGCUGCCACCAGUUACAUUAUGUGCCUUAUGAAGUUUGUCAAAGGACUGGGGGAAGUAGAUUGUAAGGAGAUGGGUGACUGUAUGCCAGGAUCAGGAUCUGCAUCUACAGACUUGUGCCUUCCCGCGCUUGAUUACCUCAGGAGAUGUUCUCAGUUGUUAGCCAAAAUCUAUAAAAUGCCCUUGAAACCCAUCUUCCUCAGUGGCCGGCUGGUUAACUUGCCCCGAAGAGUGCAGGAACAGUCAGCCAGCAGUGAGGAUGGUAUUGAGUGCAUCCUUUCUGACUUUGAUGAUGACACUGGCCUUAUCAAUGUCUGGAUUAUUCUGCUGGAAGAAUUAACAACUGCCAUAUCCAACUGUCCUCGUCAGCACCAGCCUCCUACUUUGGAUCUGCUCUUUGAACUGCUGAGGGACAUUGCCAAGACACCUGGACCAGGAUUUGGCAUUUAUGCAGUUGUGCAUCUUCUUCUACCCACGAUGUCUCUUUGGCUCCAUCGCAGCCAUGGUGACCAUUCUUACUGGGAUGUGGCAUCUGCUAAUUUCAAGCAUGCCAUUGGCCUUUCCUGUGAACUCGUAGUGGAGCACAUUCAAAAUUUCAUACACUCAGAUAUUGGUUAUGAAAAUAUGAUCAAUACUAUGCUGAAAGAUCUUUUCAAGCUGCUGGUAGCCUGUGUAGCAGAACCAACAGAAAUUAUUUCCAGAGUUGGCUGCUCUUGUAUCAGGUAUGUGUUAGUGACAGCAGGGCCUGUUUUUACUGAAGAGAUGUGGAGGCUUGCAUGUUGUGCCUUGCAGGAUGCAUUCUCUGCUACUCUGGAGCCAGUAAAGAACCUGUUGGGCUAUUUCCACAGUGGUUCUGAAAGCUUCAGUGGAGAUGCCUGUGAAGUGAAGGUGGCAGCCCCCUCCCUCUCGCCAAGUGCUGAAGCUGAAUACUGGAGAAUCAGAGCCAUGGCACAACAGGUCUUCAUGCUGGAGACUCAAUGCUCCCCAAAGACCCCUAGCAACAAGGAAGGAUUUGAACAUGCCCAGUCAUGCGUGCUCAUCAUUGACUUGCCACCAGAUAAGAAACCAAAUGGGCAUACCCAAAGAAGGAAGCUGGGUAUUCCUUUCAGGACGAUAGUGGUGAGUUUGCUGUCCCACCAAGUACUGCUCCAGAAUUUAUAUGACAUCUUACUGGAAGAAUUUGUGAAAGGCCCUUCUAACUUGGAGGAGAAAAUGACAAUACAAGUACCAGAAAACAAGUUGGCUGGUUUUCUCAGGUACAUCUCCAUGCAAAACCUGGCUGUCAUCUUUGACUUACUGCUGGACUCCUAUAGGACAGCCAGGGAGUUUGACACCAGACCUGGGUUGAAGUGUUUGCUGAAAAAAGUGUCUGGCAUUAGUGGAGCUGCCAACUUGUAUCGCCAGUCAGCAAUGAGCUUCAACAUCUACUUCCAUGCUUUGAUUUGUGCGAUCCUGACAAACCAGGAGAACAUCACUGCAGAGCAAGUGAAAAAGAUCCUCUUUGAAGAUGAUGAGAGAAGCACAGACUCGUCACAGCAGUGUUCUUCAGAAGAUGAAGACAUUUUUGAAGAAACUGCCCAGGUCAGUCCCCCACGAGGGAAGGAGAAGAGACAGUGGAGGGCUCGAAUACCAUCUCUGAGUGUACAGCCUGUCAGCAAUGCAGACUGGGGCUGGCUAAUCAAGCGGCUUCAUAAGCUCUGUAUGGAACUGUGCAACAACUAUAUCCAGAUGCAUCUGGACCUUGAGAAUAAUGUAGAGGAGCCUCCGGUGUUCAAAGGUGACCCUUUCUUCAUUUUACCAUCCUUUCACUCAGAAACAUCCACCCCAUCAACUGGAGGGCAAUCUGGGAAGGACACACCAUCAGAAGAUGACCGGAGUCAAAUCAGGGACCAGUUGGGAGACAGCCUGACACCCCGAGGAGGGAGCGGAGAAAUGUUGCUGCUACCCCCAGCCCUAAGUCCUAAACCAGAGAAAAAAGAGCAAACCAGGAAAAAAGAAUGGUGGGAGAGUGCUGGCAACAAGAUCUAUACCAUAGCCACUGACAAAACUAUCUCCAAGCUCAUGACAGAAUACAAGAAAAGAAAGCAGCAACAGGCUAUGACAUCUUUCACCAAAGAGGUCAAAGUGGAAAAGAAAGGGGAGCUCCUGGGUUCAAGAGGGCCAGACUCACCCAUACUCCAGCGGCCACAACAUCUUAUAGACCAAGGACAAAUGCGGCAUUCAUUCAGUGCUGGGCCAGAGAUUCUGAGACAAGAGAAGAGACCACGCUCAGGAUCCACAGUCAGCUCCCUGAAUAUAUCUGUUAGGGAUGCCGAGGCCCAGAUACAGGCAUGGACCAACAUGGUGCUGACAGUUCUCAACCAGAUUCAGGCCCUCCCGGACCAAACUUUCACAGCCCUGCAGCCAGCGGUGUUCCCCUGUAUCAGCCAGCUGACUUGCCACGUGACAGAUAUCCGUGUCCGCCAGGCAGUACGAGAAUGGCUGGGAAGAGUGGGCCGAGUUUACGAUAUCAUCAUUUAAACCUAGCUGUGCUCUGUUGCAAAGGGGAGAAGACAUCCAAGGUAUACAGCAAAGAAGUAUUUGGGGUUCAUUAAUUGCCUGUUUGUUGAUGAUAAAUUAAGAAACAAUGAGCUUGUCGAUGUAUAUCCUCUAUCCACUUGAAACUGUGUGUCCCUCACUCACACUAGCAAAGGAGGCAAAGCAUGAAUGUGUCCAGGGGAGUUUGGAAUAGCCCCAGAACCUGCCAGUAAAUCAGGCUGAUACCUAAAGGGGUGAUGCAUUUCAGUAGCCUUCAUUUUAAUUCAAAUUUGCAACAGUGGGAGCCACAAUAAACUGCAGCAGAACUUUCUUCCACACUUGCAAUUAGCUGUGAACACAGCUGUCAUCUGGAUAUCAAACCAGGCCAGUAAGCCUAUGUAACUUAAAAAAAAAAAAAAAAAAAGUCAGGAAAAAUUUGGGGUUAUAGGACAAGUAAAAAGGUGACAUUUUUUACGGUAAUUUUUUUCUCUUCUGAAAUAGCAUGAGAGAGGAAAGCCAAAUAAAGAUUAUUGUAGUAACUAUAUGCCUCACUCGCUAAAGAAAGUGGAAAUUUAUUUUGCUCUGAGAAGAGCCUUUGAAGUCUGGUCACAUUCAAAGUAGCUAAUAAGUGACUAUUAAAAUAUCACAGGUCUAAAACUGGAACCAAGCACAGACUAUUCAUCCUUUCAUUGCUCUUGUGGAGUACUGCUUGAAGAGAAAUGGCACUGUCAAUCUGCCCUCUCUACAACACUGCCCUGACUGCCUCUUCAGCUCUGCCUACAGCUGAUCAUUUUUCCGUGUAUCUAAUUCCCCCUGAGGGCAACAGGGAAGUUUAUUUUGCUGUUUCCUGUGAAGCUGGGGGGAAGACACACCACAGAGCAAAUACCAGCAUGUGCCAAUAUUCAGCAUUCAACUAAACAGAGUAGAGAUGAAGUGUUCCAAUUUAAGCUAAGUUUAAGCUAACACUUCAGCUAAGUUAGCUUAUGCUUCUACUGGAAAUUUAUGUUUGCUUAUAUAGAGCUGCUGUAGCCAGAACACCCUUGUCGCCUUUGUUAAACCUAGCCUAUCACUCCACAUUGAGCUGAAUCAAGAUGGAAAAUAGUCUGAAAUGAAGGUAUCUUUCCUGUUUCUCUCCCAUUUCUUGUCUGCUGCUGUAAAUAGAAGGGGACAGAUUCUUAUGGAGCAACACCCUGCUCUGUGUAGCACUCCUGUAGGGACUAAUACAAUUUGCUGACAUUAUUAAGGGGGAGUAGAAGGGGAAAGAUUGACUGUUGUGUUGACAAAUACAUAUAUGAUGCUCUUAACACUAGACACAGCAAAGGGUUACCUUGCUGAACAAGUUAUGUCACAGCCCCUGGGACAUGCCAUCUUGUACUCCCAUACUACAUAAUUUGUUGAUUAGAAGUUGAAAUAAUUUGUUAAAAAUAAGUUAAUUUUAAUCUUGGGUGACCCCUUAAUGAUAUCCUCCCAAGGCUUUUAAAAAUGUGCAGACCAACUAAAUAUACAGCUUCAGUCCCUGCUCCAAAGCAUCCUCAAAAUGGCAUCUCUUUAUAUCUAGCCUGGAUUUCGCACAAGUGCUUAAACCUAGAAAAAGAGGGAACCAAGAGGCUUCACUGAACAGCCAUCACCCAACUGAUGUUUUUUACAAAGUCUGCCAGUAUCCUGCUGCCUUUUCCCUCCAUUGUCCACUUCCCACUUGUCACCUGCUAGACUUGUGCAGGGAAUAUUUGUCCCGUAACUUUCUGUACUGUCAGUCACACUGUUUCCCUUUCUUUCAAAACUUCUCUUUGCUGAAUUGUUUCAAGGACAUAAAAAUUCCAUAGAAACAACUCUUCCUUACCACCUACGUUGACUUUAUAAAUGAGUAAUUUAACAAUUUUAUCAAUUGUCAAAUUUCCCCCAACAGUUUUAAUACUUCCCUGGGGAAAGGUGAGAUUAGCCCUUGGUAUAUGGGAGAGUGGUGGCAUGGUUUGAUUUCUGUUGCCAUGUCUUUCUUACACAUCUUUAGGUAGAGUAAAAAGGUGGUUAUAGUUUUCAUUAAUGUUUUUAUUGGGCAUCUAUACAGAACUGCUUUUAAAGCAGUACAUUAAUUAGGGGACAACAGAAAUCAGAAUAAUAAACUGUAUGCAAAACACCCAGCUCUGCUGUUUUUCAUUAUACAUGCACUGAAUGGAUGCAGAUCCUUGCUGUACUAAUCUACAACUAAACAAAUCCCUAAAUUAUGUUGGAGAAGCAAAAUUGAUAGCAGUACCAAUGGGCUCACUCAGGACUCCCAAAGAGGGCCUAGCAUUGGUGGUUAUGUGUUGUUGUGGUUACAAUACAAAAUUCUUCUGUAAAACAGAAAGAAAAGCUCAAGGAGUGACAAUAUCAUCACCCACACUCCCCCCUCAAGCUGAUGAACACUUUUGAUUAGCCACCAUCUUGACCCAAAAUAUAAUUUCAUUUAAACUGUUUACACUACAAAUACCAUACUGGAAAUGAGUAGAAGUAAAUUUGAUGUAUUGCUGUUGCUCUGUUUUAAACGUUGCCCUCCAUAUUAUUCACUAUGUACCAAUUGUCACCCUCGGUGCCUCUGCUCCUUAACACCCCUCCGUAAGAGGUCAUGAGUAAUUUUGAGUAAUUUCAGAAAUGUAAUUUAAAAGGACAGGAGUAGGGGCGAAGAAAUCUUUGAAGCAGAAGGCUUUACAUAAGCAAAGUUUAACAUGUGCUACUCUUCCUUAUAUGUAAAAUGAUAAGCAGGUGAAGAGAGCGGACCAUGGCCACUUCAGGAACCAUUAAUCUGAGAUGCAGAAGCCUUCUAAUGCACCUCCAGAAUAUAAAUAAAUAAAAAAAUGAGUUGCUUCAUCAGAUUCUUGGCUAUUUUUUCACUCAUUUAGCCAUAGACAUCAGCAAACUCCAAAGAAGUACAGCACUAAACCUCCAAAGUCACCAUUUCAUGGACCUGUGCAAUCUGUUUCAUGCCUACUGUGGGCUUAAGGCUGCCAGCAUGCUACAUUCAGGCCUCAAAAAGCAAGCUUUUAGCUCAAAGGAACAGUCCCAGGAAAAGGAUACUAGCACCAACCAGCCUGUCCUAAGCUUCAGAAUUGGACUCCCCACCUCUGAACACUCCAGUCAUGUCCAGCUGUACCAUGCUGUAGCAGCUUUUCUGCUUUCCACUUGCGAGUGGGCAAGCACCUCAGUCAGUAGGCCUUGCAUCCACACGUGCAAGUCUUUCUGACAUAACCCGCUGAAAUCCUUACAGCCCCGUAACAUAAUGCAUGAGCUAACAGCAGCGUAUUACCAGGUUUACUGCUGAAUCAGAUUUGAGCCUUGAAAAAACAGAGUCUGUACUAUAAGCCUGAGCUUUGCCCUUUCUCUUUGAUCUUGUUAAUGACUACAUUCUUCUCUUUUCUUGCACUUACUUUUUUUGUCACAUAAAUUUCUAUAAUAAUUUUUAAAAAUGAAUGGUCAGUAAUUUUUAUUUAACUGAACUACUUAAAAAAAAGAAAAAAAGUGUGGAGAUUUGACAUCCUUCUCAGGUACCAGAGCUGCCUUUCUGCAGCCUUUGCCUAGUUCACACCACCCUCAGGGUCACUACAGCAAUCAGAAACAACACCACCACAUUUUAAAAUCUUGUAGGCAGCCACUAACAGAGAAAGUUGCUGUUGGCCAGCAUCAACUACCUUUAUGCACAUGGAAUAACUCAUCGCUCUGAAAAUAUUUAGAGCUGAAAAAAACAUCAGGCAGGAAAGUGCUACUGUUCUUGUACAACAGGAAUGGGGUUUGACUCCAACUGAUGUGGUCUCAGGCGACUGUGUACAUUUGCACUUUAUUCUGUAGUGAGAAUAUAUGCAAAUAUAAGAGACAAUUGAUAUGUUUAUGUAUAGAUUCCUGUCGCUCCAACCACUGUCAUACUCUGAGCAUUCUGCAUAUUUACAGAGCAAUAUCCACAUUAGCAGAAUGGUUAACAUGCUCUCUAAAUAUUUGUGUCACAUCAGCAACAGUUAAUGCAGUUGUUCUGGUAACUAACCCACAGUAGUCUUUUCUGAGCAUUCAGCAGCCAUAGAAUUACCACCACUAUCUCUUGGUUAACAUGCUUUCACAUCCUUAAGGUGUUAAGAUUCAGAUUUAAUACUCUCCUAGGGAUAAAUACUGAUGUGAGAAUAACUGACUUAAUUUAGCAUCUAGAAAGAAUAAUUAGAGAAAGAUUUACAUAGACCUGCACAAAACUUUCCUUAUAAAACUCCAGGUGCAGGCAACACAGGCUUUGCCUCAUCACAGAUAAAAUAAUUCCUGUGAAAGCCAAGCAGAGUUUACACCUGUGACUUGUAAUGUACUUUGCCUUUAAAUUUAAGCUUCAAGUUUUGUUUAAAACCUAAACCUUAUUAUAAAAUUCCCUGACAAAUCCUCACCUGCCAAAGGUAUAUCCCCCCACCUCUAAAUACCUUGUGUUAACGUAUGAAUCUCCAUCUGCACUUGAUACAGUAGCAUCUCACUGUUGGUAUCUCCAUGCAGAGUUUGAUGCAGCACAAGUAUGAAAUUGAGUGGCAAAUGAGCUAGCAAGUAGAGUCCCAGCUCCUCAUGCUGCCUGCACUUUGCACCUCUUUCACAGCUUAGGCCCACACUCAAAGCGCCCAAGCUGUUGAAGUCACUGCGAGUUACCUACCUGGAUAUCUUUAAUGCUCAGGACUCAGUGCUUGAAUCCUUCAGUCCCUACAUACAGGUUCACAAGUUCUCAGGAAGGGGGAAUUCCUGUACAGUUCCUGAUGUCACCCUCUCUGCUGCUGUCCUCUAUACACCUUCUGCUUGAAAAAUCCCCGGGAAACAGCACAUAUUCUCAUUCAUUCCAGCACCCCACAACUAGAACCUCCACUUGUGCACAGAUCCAGUUUUAACAUGUAGGAGGCUGACCAUAGAAAGCCAAAGUAAUUUAUUUCUACAUAGCUCAUUUGUGUAGAAGCUUAUUCAGAAACUGAGAAUGUGUUUGGCUAUUUUCACCUUUAGCAAUCCAUUCUAGAAAUGCCAUCAUUCAGUGAUAAAUUGUUCUUAAUUAAAAAAAAAAAAAAAAAAAAAAAAGGUGAAAUGCUUUCUUUCCUUGCCCUUGCUUUUGUUGAGGUGUGCUAAGCUUAUGCUUAGGCAAGGUAUUUACUCAUUACUCUGGUUGUGGUAAUUUCUGUACAGAUCUAUGUACAGUGCUAAUCAUGGCAUAUGACACGAAAUACAGUUAGAUUUUUUCAAUUUCUGAUCAUUCCACAAUUGUUUGAAGAAAUAAUGCAAUACCAUCAAUUAAAAAAAAAAAAAUAAAGUCACUCUUUAGUAUAAAAGGACCAAGUUACCAUAGCACUGAAGCACAAAUGUGGGAUUUUAUGUAAUGGAGAUAACAGCAUCCGGCAGCUAGAGAUCCCUCUUCACCAAUCCUCCCUAUUUUCUAGUUUCUAUAGGGAUAUGACCUAAGGGUCUCUUAGCAGCCCUCACCAGCAACACACUGGGGACUCCAAGAAGUUGUACAGCUGCAAGCAAGAAGUCGUAGCUUCUCUUUCUGUUGCUUCCCUCAGAACAUAUACUUUAAAUGUGACACUAACUGUAUGAUACCAUACUAAACAAACAGCUUUGGCCAGACAUGGAGUGCUGGGUAAUUAAAAAGAAAAAACAAAAAAGCAUGGCCUAAGUAUGCACCAGUCUUUUCACUUAGUGCACAGAGGUGUCCAAGCUAAAAACUAAAAGCAAAGGGAAAAAGAAAUGCCCUAAUUCUGUGGAUAUCAAUGGAGCUACACUGUGUGAUCCUGGAUUAAUGCAAUAACGAGUUUGCCUGUAGGACCAAAUCCCUCAAAUUCUCUUUAUUUUUGUUAAAUUUACAAGUUGAGGCUUGUAUAGUCUCCACUGCCACACUGAACCAGGGAACUGAGGUAAUGGAAGGCAUUUUUUUAUUCAGAAACAUGACUAUUUCAAUCCUUUUACCCCAACAUCCCACUUUUCAAAGGUGGUUAUGUACUUUCAUAAAUUUCAUCUAAAUACCAUGGAGCACCAGGGCCCUAUUUCCUAUCCAUGCAUUUGGUUCAUCUGGGAUGCAGUGAAGUGCCACACUUCCACAACAAGCUGAAGCAAGAGCUGAGCUGGUGGAGAGGCACAGGUACACAGGCUCAAGCAAGGGACAAAUAUCACCUCCACAAGCAGGCUGUGGCUCCUGAGCCCCCCCAGUUUGCAAGGAAAGCAGGAUUUGAUACCAAAGGGAACACAGCCAAGUAGGGCAGAGCAUGGUGGCGAGAGCCCUGUACUGCACGCUGUUUGCUGAAACAGAUGGGAGCAAAAUAUUGAAAAGUAUGUAAUGACAGCAGCAAGCGCUUACUUCUAGUCCCCCCACACACUUUCUCUUUUCAUCCCCCCUUUUUGUCAUUAUUUGUGAGACUGCAAACAUAUUGCCAUGGGUCCUUCAACCAGAAUUGAAAACUGAAAGCGAGCCAAAGGGAGUGGACACUCCAUUUUGCCAAAGAUCUAAGCCUUUCCUGUUUGAAAAUUAAAAAAAUCAAUUUCUAUUUCCAUGAUGAUGGCUGCCAUAGGAAGCAUUUUACCACAAAACACGAUUCCCAGGACUUCAUCUCUCUAGCUGUAUAUUCAGGAGGAGCCAUUAAUACUUUCUAAGAGAGACUGUAAAUUGCCUUGUCAAGCAAGUGCUAAUUACAUUGGGUUUACCUUCUACUGAGCUCAUACCUAGCCGCAAUUCCCCGGUCUCAUCCAUGUUUCCUCCCUCUACCUUUCUGCUCUUCUUUAGAAAAACACCUCACUGUGUCCGCUGAGUCCUGUUGUGCUGCUAGCUUUGUUUGGUCCUUGCUGGCUUGCAAAUUGUAUUUUGUGUAUAUUUUAUUCUGACUGAAUUCUGAAAUGGAAAUAUUUUAAAACAAAAAUUAUAAACUAUUUAUGUUGCUUGUGUUGUAGAAUAAAGAAGUAAAUGCAAAA